AUGAAUCCAGCAGAUUGUGCAUCAAGGGGUUUAACUGCAAAAGAACUUAAAGAUUAUGUACUAUGGUGGAAAGGCCCUUCCUGGUUAGUUGAUGAUUCGUCAAUGUGGCCUACGCUACCUUUACCUAAUAAGUCUACAAAGGAUUUAGAAGAACGAAGUAAAAUAUUACCUAAAGUUGUUCAUCUCUGUAUUAAAAAUCAAAUCUGGGAUCUUCAAAAUCGAUUUUCAAAUUUGACCAAGCUUUUAAGAGUAACAGCAACAUGCAAACGAGCAAUUAAAUGUUUUAGAAAUCAAUCUAAAUCUCUCGCAAUUUGUCCACUUUCUCCAGCUGAAAUCAAUGAAGCACGACUGUUCUGGAUUAAGUUAAUUCAACACCAGUAUUUUAGCAAAGAAAUUUCUUGUUUACAACAGAAACAAGAGAUUCCAAACUCAAGUUCUUUGCUUAAACUUACUCUAUUCAUAGAUCGUCAAGGCUUGUUGCGAGUUGGAGGUCGAUUAAAUCACUCGUCAUUGUCAACUGAUACCAAACAUCCAUAUAUUCUUCCAAAGGAUGUGCACUUUUCAAUUUUGAUCAUCGACGAAGCUCAUAAGCGGGUAUUUCAUGGCUCUACUCAAGAUACUCUUAUGUAUAUUAGAAAUCAGUAUUGGAUUUUAGGUGGACGAAAUCCAAUUCGUUCGUUCAUUCUCAAAUGUGUCAGAUGCACUCGGUAUCGGCGACUUCAAGCAAGUCAAUUAAUGGGACAAUUACCUUAUUCCAGAGUAAAUCCAAAUAGAGCUUUUUUACAUACUGGCCUAGAUUAUGCAGGACCUUAUGUGAUUAAAACUUGGAAAGGUAGACUUAUAAAGCUUGGGUUUCCUUGUUCAUCUGUUUAA